AUGCCAGAAACCUCAAGAAGUACGUUGGAUUUGCUGCGGCAACAGCGGUUGCCUGCGUGGCAGCCUAUUCUUACACCCCCACUUGUGGUGUUGGGAUUUGCAAUUGUGACUAUUAUUUUUAUCCCACUUGGCGGUAUGAUUGCAGUAACGAACAAACAGGCAAUGGAAAUAAAUGUUCGCUACGAUGAUAUUCAACAUUGCACUAGAACACAUAAUACUGGUGAAUUUACUUAUGAAGGUAAUAAUAUGACAUAUAAAACAGGAUGUCUGACUGAAGUUAACUUUGAAAUAAAAGAAACCAUGAGAGCUCCUAUAUAUCUUUACUACGGUCUAACUAAUUUUUAUCAAAAUCACAGACGCUAUUCCAAUUCACGAAGUGAUGCACAACUAGCUGGAGCUGUUGUAAGAGACAUUCCUGAUGCUUCACCUCUUGUUGUACCAGGUGAGAUUACCAGCACCACAGGUACUCCUAUUACAUAUGGAGGAAAUUCAGAUUUGCAUUAUAAAGAUUUUAUUUAUGUUCCUGCUGGCCUUAUUGCGUGGUCAAUGUUUAAUGAUACUUUUACUCUUUACAAAAAGAAAGAUUCAACUGGAGCGGAACCAGAUUUGGAGCUUAUAUGUAAUGGUACAGAUUUUUCAAAGAAAAAUAAUGAACCUCUUGGAGAAUCUAUUUCUAAAAAUUAUUGUUCUAAAAAAGGUAUUGCAUGGGAAACUGACGUUAAAGAAAGAUUUAAAGAACCAGAUUUGGCGACCUAUCAUCUUUUUUGGACUGCAGCAAGAGAUUUAUACACUGGAGUAAAUUCUUCUCCUCCUUUAUCAAAUGAUUCAUUUUUUAAUAAUGGAUGGUACGCGAAUGAACUUGGUCAUGCUAUUCCUGUUACAACAGAUGAAGAUUUAAUGGUAUGGAUGCGUACAGCAUCACUUCCAAAAUUUCGAAAACUUCAUCGUAUAAUUCAUAAAGAUUUAGUCCCUGGAAAAUAUGUAAUGAAGAUUGGUGAACAUUUUGAUAUAUCAUCAUUUGGUGGAACAAAAUCAUUUUCAUUGGCUACACUUUCUUGGCUCGGUGGAAAGAAUAAUAAUCUUGCUGUGAUGUAUUUCUCAGUGGGGGGAAUUGCUGCUUUAUUUGCUGUAAUACUUUUGGUGGCUUACCGAAUUGGUGGUGAUCGUGCAUCAAAGGCUAUUGAAGAAUUGGUUCAAAAAUAA